AUGGCUGCCACCAGCACGCAGCAGAAUGCUUCUCCGUCCUCUCACUGGUGCACUUAUGAUGCAUUCUUGAGCUUCAGGGGCACAGACACACGCAAGGGAUUUACUGAUCACCUCUACAGGGCUUUGGAGGUGGCAGGGGUCCACACUUUUAGAGAUGAUGACGAAAUCGAGAGAGGAGCAAAUAUUUCAGCAGAGCUUCAAAAAGCAAUACAAGAGUCUCGAGUAUCCAUCAUUGUCUUCUCCAAGGACUACGCUUCCUCGAGAUGGUGCCUGGAUGAGCUAGUGACGAUCAUGGACCGUAGAGAAACUAAUGAGAACAUGGUGUUGCCGAUUUUCUAUGACGUGGAUCCCAUCCCAUGUCAGGAACCAGACAGGACUUUUUGA